ACUACGUCUGCUACCAGUUUUGGAUAGAUACAACAGACAGAAUAGAAACGUCGAAAAUGGCCAAAGCUCUAGGUUUAGAUAAACUUGUCAAUUUCUUCAGAAGUAUCAAACACAAUGGUGGCAUACUCGGCAGCUUGCGUACUCUUUACAGAGUUGACGAGCUCAAGUUUGGAGACUUGAUUGGUGAAGAUAAAUAUGGAAACAAGUAUUAUGAAAACAACAUGUAUUUUUAUGGCCGCAACAGAUGGGUCAUCUAUUCUCCUCGUGUCCAUAUGAAUUACGAUGCAUCACAAGUCCCAGCUGAAUGGUAUGGGUGGCUGCAUUAUAAAACUGAUUUGCCACCUUUCAAAGAUCCAAGCCGACCAAAGUACAAAUGGAUGGUAGACCAUACCCCUAAUCUAUCUGGAACUAACAAGGCUUAUAUGCCUUACAGCACCGUCAAGACUAAAAUUGAAGCUUGGCAACCAAAGGAUUGAGAUUGUAACAUAGAACUUGUACAGUUUAUCUAGGUAUAAUUUAUAUUACAAAUUUGUUGAGUGUUGAUAACUGGUUAAAUUUGAUUUUACUUUUGAGAUACUUCAAUGUAUGAAAACAAUAAUCAAAUACAAUAGAAUUCUGAAAUGGUAUAAUAA